UGAUUCCUCACUAGAGGGAGAUUCAAACUCUUCGCAGCAAUGGAGGGCGAGAGGGAGAGUCAAGUUAUACAUAGUAGUACUUAUAUGGAAUUAAAUCUUGAAAAUUCUCUGUCAAAUAGUAAAGAAGGUUGUUCUCAAGUUGAUUUUUCAAGCUGUCGAGAAAGUGAAAACAUAUCAAACGUGGCUAACGUUACAGCGCAAUGUAAUAUUACUGCUAACGAGAAAACGGGCUGUGAGCCAUUUUCAAAGCUAGUGUUAAUGAAAAGACUCUCUGGAUGUAUGUCAACAAAUAAGUCGGUGCUUGAAAGUGAUGGGUCAAAGGAAUUAGACAAUAAGGAAAACUGUAGCGGUUCUGUAAUAUCGGAAACAUCACAAGCGAUUGUGUCAUCUUGUCACAGUGAGUUACCAAACGGUCAGCAUACCGCUAACGUCCCAGACCACUCAAGUGAAGAUGGCAUAUCCCUUCAAAGAGAGGGUCCGAAUGGUGAUUCCGAGGUCUUACGGAAAGCCAAGGAGGAAGGUGUGGUGGACGUGGUCUUUCCUGGAUAUGUCACCAAAGACACUUGCUGUAGGUUUGUUUGUGAAAUCCUCAAGUGUGUACUCUACCAACGACAGCAGUUGCCAAUGACCUAUGAUCAGCUGAAGUACCACCAGAAGCAGCAGCAGUUAUCUACACAGGAAGGAGACAUUGUGGGCUGGAGACCACCGAGAGCUGCUGGGAGUUUGGACUGGAGGAAAUGCCAGCGCAUGCUGCAGGACCUGGAUGAGGUGCUGAGUCACUUGGAAGUGCUUUUUUCCCUCACACUGGUUCCCCGUGUGCUGCUGGUUCUGGGGGGCUCUCUGGUUCUACCCAAACAGCUAUACGAGAUCAACAUGGAGGAGGUGGCUCUAAGCACCGGUGAUGGCUGCCUCCGUGCGUCCAUGUGCCUGCGCAGGCUCUUUCGCACUCUCUUUGUGGCCGACAUCUUGACGGACGUUCGGCCUGUUCACCUUCUGACCACAACGGUCAUGGCACUGGGACACAGAGACUGCGGUGUGUCUGGGUUUCGACCCAAGUUGGAUUUCAAGGUGCCCACACGAGUGAAAAGGCAGGUCAUCCAUUUAGCUUGUGAGCCCUAUCUCAGUGGAGCAGCACAAUCAAACUCCACUGAAUGGGGGGACUACGUGUGGUUUCAAGCACCCGUGACCAUCAAGGGAUUCUGCAAAUGAUAACUCAAUGAGGGAUGCCUCGAAUAGAUUCAGUCAUUACCUCAGAAUUCGUCAUGGUGCUUGUCAGGGCUAGGAACAUGAUUAAGGGAAAACCAGCCAGAGAUACUCAGGACCUUGCCUCUUUCCAGUUCCAUGGCACUGUUAUUUAAAAUUUUAUUAAAUGAUGAAUAUAAAAUACAAUUAUCAUCCAUGAACUUUACUUUUGUUUGCAUUUUAAUUGAAUAGUCAAGUGUUUUAGAGUAGAACGAUAGACUGAUAUGAGGAUAACAUUGCGACUAUACAUUUGGAUGAUGCCGGGCAAAAAGCCAUUUCACUGUUUUAACCUUAUAUAGAACACAUUUAUUUGUUUUUACGCAGGCUAAGUUUAUGUUGUUUCUAGGUUUCCACCUUAACAGACAUAUUUAUACAGCCUAAUCCUUUUGUGUACAUGAGGAUUUCACCCAAACGCCUCUGGGAAAUUGUUGAUUGCUAAAAAUGGAGAUUCUGCUAUGCUUCAAGAAACUGGCAGAUUACAUGACCAUAUACUAAAUGUAGUUUCACUCUUGCCAUUUCUUUCUCAGGUGAGACAAAACACUACAAAACUGUCUUAAGUUAUCGCUUCAGGCAGUAUGCAAACAUUCAUGUAAAAUAACAUGGCUGUAAAGACAGGAACAAAAACUAAAUUUUGGUUUGUCCUCAGAGUUCGUAGGAGAUCUGACUUUUGACAUCUUCUUGAAUCUCCAUCCUAGAAUCCGGCACUUAAUGACCCGGUGAUGGCCUUUGAAUUUGAGGUUUGCCUUGAGUGAUGUAACUGUGGUCUGACCCUAUGAAUUGUCUGUGUGUGUUUCAGUUUUGAAUUGUGUGUUUUUGAAUGUGGUGAAAGUCUUGCAUUAUUAAAGCAUCAGAGGAUGUAUUUUAUUCUUAA